UUCAUGCACGAUGCGCAUGAUGCAUUACUUAUCUUUGUUGUUCACCGAAUGUUAAACAAGGAUAAGUAAUGCAUCAUGCGCAUUGCGCAUCAUGCAUGAAACGGAAUGCAGCCGAAAAAUUCUCGUCAGCUAAGGCCUAAAGGUGCCUUUACAUGGCAGCAUUAAGCGUCGAGCGUCUGCGCAGAAAAAUGCGCAGAAUUUAAAAGAGAUAGAUUCUAGGCUGAAAUUAGAUUCUGCGCAAUUUUCUACGCAGACGCUCGACGCUUGACGCUGCCAUGUAAAGGCACCUUAAGGUUGUUUAUUAAAUGGCGCCAAUUUGUUUAGUAACUGGCUACUGAAGAGAAAUUUGACAACUGGCAUUAAUAUAUUUUGAAUAAUUAGUGUAUAUUAUACAAAAUGACACAGUCUACACAGAUGAUAGAAACUCUUGAUGAUUGUUUCGUGAAAACAGCGGAUAAUAUUAUGAAACACUACGCUGAUAAAGAAGAGAGAAAGAAAAUAUUGGAAGAAUUAAGAGAUGUCUUAAAAGAAAAUUGUAGUGGAUCUGCAAGAAUAGUGGCUGCAAAUGAGAUCAAAAAGCAACUAGAACUCACUUUUGAUCCAGAAUCCAGAAAUGUCGAAGAUAUUAUAAAAGAAUAUAAGGAGGCUGUAUCUAACAUCCAAGUUGAUUCAUCAAAAUAUAACAGAUUAUUGGAGUAUGAUCGGCAGAUUGAAAUAUUGCUUCAAGCUAAUGAAGAUGCAUCUAAUAAUGAACUGGAAGAAGACACAGACGAAGAUUUGCGAUUGACAGGUCAAGACAUAAACGUGAUUGAUCCAAUUUCUAAAACAAGGAUGACCCAUCCAGUGAAAAAUACAGUCUGUGGUCAUGUAUAUGAUAAAGAAAGCCUUAUCGCAAUGUUACGUAAAAAUAAAAAUACCAGAUGUCCCGUGGUAGGAUGCACCAGCAUAGACUACAUAGACUUAAACCAAUGUCGCACUGAUAUUGUGACAAAAAAGUUCCUGGAACGAAACCCUGCUUAGAUUUGAAAGCAAAUGAUGUAAGAAUCUAUGUUAGAGAUGCAUUGAUUAUACAUAUUGUGAAUAUAUAUAUAUAUUCUUAUGUUUAUAUUUUUUAUACAAAAUAGCUAUUCUUUUUAUAUUAUGCAAAACUUGUUUUCAUGUUCAAUUAAAUAUUCGUCAAUAAAAUGUAGGAAAUGGUA